UCGGUGUUAUUCACGGAGCUCUAUAUGAAUCCGCUGUCACGUGUUCUGGCCUACUUAAUUGGCGGGGUGGCUGGCUGGUUUUUCAUACAAAACCAACAGAAGCAACUUUACGCAAAUUUCUUUCAAAAUCAGUCCCUGCAAGAGUUUCUCGGCUAUUUGGCGAUUACCUGCUUCUUUACUAUCAAUUUCUUCAAAAUAUCAGAAGGUUACUCAGUGGGUUUCUAUGUGGUAAUGUUGGUCGUUCAACGAAUGUUAUUUUCGUCGAGUGUAUGUUUUCUGAUAUUCGCAAAUGCGGCGGGUAGUGUAAAGUGGUUCUUUGGCAUAUUGGAGAAUACACUAUUCAAGAAAUUCAAUCAAAUAACAUAUGCUAUGUUCCUCCUACAUCCAGCACUCAUGAUCCCGCUGAUAAGCUCGAGUAAUAAAAGUCGCUAUAGCAGUUCAUACAAUUUAGUAAUGGAAUACAUUAGUAUUUGCGCGUUACUGAUCUUCUUUUCCACAAUUUUCUCAUUAUUUUUCGAAGUACCCUAUAAGAAUAUUUCCAAA